AGUUGACAGCAUCCAUAAAGAUAACUGGUAAGAAUGUGUCCACAAACACCACUCGUUGAGGUAAAUUCAUUACAGAUUAACGUGGCUUAGUCGUCGUUCUGGCGCUCUUCUGACGUCAUGAUACAUCGUUAACAGCUGGAACAGCAUUUCUUGUAUAUUUUCUCCCGCUUUGUGAUAUUCUUUCUUUACAACGAUAACAGAGUACAGUAAUAUCCCUCAGACGUCAGGCCUACGUGCAAAGAAAUAACAUUGAAAUAAAUGCUAGUAUUUCCAUGUAAACGUGCCACUCGCCUGCUAUUUCAACUACACUGACUCCGUUGGCGAGGGCAAGUGAACGAGUAACCGUAGUGCUGAGGAGCCGAGGACUGUGGCAUUUUUUUGAUCCCUUGCAUACAUGAUAUAACCGCUCUUUUGUAGAGUGUUUUUACACAAUGUAUUAUUCCGUAUUGUGUUAGAUCUUAGAUCUGGCUCGAGACCGCCCUCGGCCCAGCGUGCUCGGAGGGCGGCAAGGCGCGCGAGACCUACCCCGUUGCCCGCGCGAGUCCUCGCCUCGCUGCCCCUAAAAAACGGCUCUAAAACUUGUGACGAAUUUUGUUCAGCUUUGUGUUCUCCAUCUCCGAGUUUUACUUGUUACGACAGAAACCAGGCGGUUUUGUGGAGAAUGGACGAAGGAAAAGAGAAGCUGAAGAUGAAGAAGCCAAAGUUCGCUCCCCCAGUCGCCCUGGGUGGGCCGGGCGACGGACAGGGGAAAGGGCCGCAGGAGGAGAGGGGAGCAGGAGUGAGGGAGAGGGAGAAGGCGGCGGGGUCGAGAGGAAGGCCGGGUCGGAAGGCCGGCGAGGAGAGCCCGGGACGGGGAAUCGGAGCAGGGAGAAGCGCAGGAGAGGAAUCCGCGGAGGUGUUGGGAGAGGGGCCGAUUCCUCGGACGGGGAAGAGCAGGUCAGCGGCUGCGGGCGGCAAGAGGCCCGAGGAGCGGAGCCUGAGGGUGCCGGGGCUGGAGGGCCAGGCAAGGGAGCUCCUGGGGCCUGGGAGGACAGGGGGGGAGAGAAGGAGGAAGGGGAAGGCUGUAGGCCCCGGUGGAGGUUCGGGAAGGGGAGAGGGGUGGGAGGAGAAGGCCCUCCGGGGGGAAGAGGAGGAGGGCACUGCGCGGCCAGGCCCAGCUGGGAUAAAGGAGAGCCUGGCAGGCUGCACGGGUGGAAAGGGCUGGGCGGGAUUGCAGCCCGGCGGCAAGAGAGCGGAAGCCGCAGAGCCGAGCGGGAGGAAGAAGGACAGAGCGGGCGGCCAGCGCGGAGACAGGCCACUGCCCGGAGGGACGGGCUCUGUCCUGAAAGAGGGAGCAAAGGAGGGAGACCGGCCCAAAAGCGACAAGAAGAAACCAAAGAUGAAAACUGGGGAGUCAGACCAGGAGCCUGAGGAGAAACCUAGAGGCCUACCUGUUUGGAGGACAACAGGGGAAGAGAGGGCAGGGACCCCAAAAAACAGCAAGGAUGGGGCCUCCUCAGUUUGGGAAGAGUGCUGUCCCAGCCCCUUUUUGUCUGACAGCCAGUACAACGCCAUCUUCCAGGCGGUGCUGGACAAGUCUCUGGACAAGUGUCUGGACGAUGCCAGGACUGUGCUGAGCGAGGUGGAACUCCUGCAGGCCAGCAUCGAUGAAGACAGUCAAAGAGGUCAGGACAAACGCCCCGAGUACAGGGACAGCGAUGUGAGACUGGCUCCUGGCCACAAGAAGAGACAUGCUCAGCAAGGAAAUGGGCAACGCAGAGGAGAGCUGCUGCACAGCCAGAAGAAGGAGCAGGAGGAGGAGGAAGGAGGGGAGGACAGCGAUUCCAGUCAGGAGGACUGGAGCUCAUGGGUGCAGUGCAGCAGGCCCAGCUGUGGGAAGUGGAGGCAGCUGAACUCUGACGUCGACCUCUCCGCUCUGCCUGAAGACUGGACCUGCUCUCAAAACACAGGCCCAGCACACAAGAGCUGCAGCUGCCCUGAAGAAAGAUGGGAGGAGGGCAGAAGAGAGGUCGUUAACAGCCUGGUUCCUGGCUCCAUUGUGUGGGCUCGGCAGUUCGGCUACCCCUGGUGGCCAGCCAUGGUGGAGAAGGACCCAGAGACGGGGGACUACAUGGAGUUUCAGAAUUCGAGGAUUUCUCCAUCCCACUACCAUGUGACAUACUUCAGUGACCCAGUCAGCCGUGCCUGGGUACCCGAGCCCAUGGUGAGGGCAUUCCAGAAAUUCAACCCAGACAUCAGUGGGGCUAAACCACAAAUGAAGAAGAAGAUCGUCGGAGCGCUGGAUAUGGCAAAAAAGGCCCAGAAGCUGUCCGUUAAGAAGCGGACAACUGUGUUCGGGUUCAAGAAUCGAUACCACCCUGGCGACGAGAAGGGCUCAGCGGAAGACAGUGAUUUGGAAGAGUGCCUGUAUAUGAUCGUAGAAGGAAGUCCUGUCAGGAAGCGCCAGGGAAAAUACAGGAAACGCAAAGCACUGGCACCGAAGAGUCCCCAAGACCAGGAGGUGCCCGAGCUGGGUGGCGAGGUGGCUGGUGGGACAGAGGCUGACAACAGUGCGCGCCCACCGGAGAAACGAGGGAAGAAUGAAGUGAGCGUUGCAGUGGAGAGAGGAGUGGGACAUGAGAGGGGGGACUCACGAGGGACUGUGGACAUACUGAGGGGCAGGAAGGCUGGGCUGAAUACCUUCAGCUCAGAGGAGCCCGAACAAGAAGGAGCAGAGCUGGAGGAGGAGGGAGAGAUUGUACUCUUUCUGUGUGAGGAAGACUGAAGGUCUCUCUGGAAGCCCUUCUAGCACACAGCAGUCACAGUGUACGAGCCAGGUCCUUCAGAGGGUAAUUCAAAAGAUUACUUCAUUGAUUCGUAUAAUACUCUGACUUUACAAAGACUGUAUCUAAAAAAAUAUGUAAGACAAGCACGUGGGCUUUCUGAGAUGGUUGUGCCACUGCAGUCCACUGAGACGGGGAGUGUCCAAGAGGUGGUGCACAGUUGAUCAUCGUCACUAGGGUUGGGUGGGGUUCAGACAGUUCAGAUACCCCGGGGGCUACUGCACAACAGCGCCACCUGUGGCAGACUGGGUCACCUCUAAUCUUAUGGUGACACAGGUAAGAGAUUCAUAGCCUCUUCAGUCAGUACUUGCUCACCUGUCAGGUCAUUGUAAAUAGGCUUUUGUUCUGUUUGUGGUUCAAAAUGUCAAUGGGAAAUCACUUAAUACUAGUUCAUUGUAACAGGAUAUAAAUUAACAUGAGUGCAAUGUGUAAUGUGUAUUCCAAUGUUAACAGGAAACUGUUUAUUACAGGUGUACUACGUGAUGAGUAGGAAAUUGCAUCAAUUUGAAUUUACUGUGUGACAUUACAGCAUUCAGCAUGUUCACUGGAAAUUAAUACCAGUUCAGUGUACCACAUGUAUUCACAGUGUUAAUAGGAGACUGGUAAUACUAGUUCAGUGUAGCAUAUGCAUUCAAGUGUUAAUAGCAGACUGUUAAUACCAGUUCAGUGUACCACAUGUUCAUAGUGUUAAUAGGAGACUGUUAAUACCAGUUCAGUGUACCACAUGUGUUCACAGUGUUAAUAGCAGACUGUUAAUACCAGUUCAGUGUACCUCAUGCAUUCAAGUGUUCACAGCAGACUGUUAAUACUAGUUCAGUGUACCACAUGUGUUCACAGUGUUAAUAGGACACAGUUAAUACCAGUUCACUGUACCACAUGUGUUCACAGUGUUAAUAGCAGACUGGUAAUACCAGUUCAGUGUACCACAUGUGUUCACAGUGUUAAUAGCAGACUGUUUAUACCAGUUCAGUGUACCACGUGUUCACAGUGUUGUAAGAUUAUCAAUACAUAUUGUAACCUG